UUCCUGCAAGCAGCAGACAGUAAGCAGCAUCCCGCAGAGUCGGGCAGGUGGGCCAGACCGAGAGGACCGCGAGCUUGUGGAGGGCUUUCAGAUUUUCCAGUUCAGGGCCCAGCCGGCGGGCAGGAAACAGGACAGAGGUCACUUGAACUCAGACCACACAUCCCUGUUAAAUACAUCAGCUUUUAAAUCAAUCUUUGUUCAAAGUCCAGAGAGUUUCAAGACUAGCGCUCACUAGCAGACAGGGUUCCCGGUGCCGAACUACUCUUCUUCCAGACGCAGAGAUGACUUCCAUGUUCAGUCCUCGAGAGUGUAAACUGUCCAAACAGGAAGGAAAGAGCUAUGGCUUCUUCCUGCGAAUCGAGAAGGACACCGAUGGCCACCUGGUCCGGGUGGUGGAGAAGGGGAGCCCAGCAGAGAAGGCCGGCCUCCGGGAUGGAGAUAGAGUGCUUAGGAUCAAUGGUGUUUUUGUGGACAAGGAAGAGCACAUGCAGGUUGUGGACCUCGUCCGAAAGAGUGGGAAUGCAGUGACGUUACUAGUUUUGGAUGGAGAUUCUUAUGAGAAAGCCGUGAAAACACAGGUAGACUUGAAAGAGUUGGGUCAAAGUCAGAAAGAGUUGAAUUCAAAUGAUGAGAAACAGUCCCCUGUCAUGAACGGAGGAGUGGAGAAUGGAGGAGUGGAGACUUGGACCCAGCCACGGCUCUGCUACCUCGUGAAGGAGGGGAACAGCUAUGGCUUCUCUCUGAAAACUGUCCAAGGUAAAAAGGGAGUGUACAUGACGGAUGUAACACCGCAAGGCGUAGCUAUGAAAGCUGGGGUCCGGGAUGACGAUCACCUGAUUGAAGUGAAUGGAGAGAAUGUAGAAGAUGCCAGCCACGAGGAGGUGGUUGAAAAGGUGAAGAAAUCAGGGAGCAAAGUGAUGUUCUUACUGAUGGACAAAGACACUGACAAGCUCCUUCGAGAGCAGAAGAUACAAUUCAAGAGAGAAACAACCAGUUUGAAACUGUUACCACGGCAGCCCAGAGUUGUGGAGAUGAAGAAGGGAAGCAACGGCUAUGGCUUCUAUUUGCGGGCGGGCCCGGAACAGAAAGGUCAAGUCAUCAAGGACAUAGAUUCUGGAAGUCCGGCAGAGAAGGCUGGGUUGAAGAACAACGACCUGGUAGUUGCUGUCAACGGCGAGUGUGUGGAAACCCUCGAUCAUGACAGUGUGGUGGAAAUGAUCAGAAAGGGUGGAGAUCAGACUUCACUACUGGUGGUAGACAAAGAGACGGACAACAUAUACAGGAUGGCUCGAUUUUCUCCAUUUCUCUAUCUUCAAAGUCAAGAGCUACCUAAUGGUUCCAUUAAGGAGGUUCCAGCGCCUACGCCUGCUCCUCUGGAGGCCUCAAGUCCAGAUACUGCAGAGGAAGUAGGCACUCAUAAGCCUAAAAUCUGCAGACUGGUUAAAGGUGAAAACGGCUAUGGCUUUCACUUGAAUGCAAUUCGGGGUCUGCCAGGCUCAUUCGUCAAAGAGAUACAGAAGGGCAGCCCUGCUGCCUCAGCUGGGCUGGAGGAUGAGGAUGUCAUCAUUGAAGUAAAUGGGGCGAAUGUGCUGGAUGAACCCUAUGAGAAAGUGGUGGACAAAAUCCAGAGCAGCGGGAAGAGUGUCACACUCUUAGUCUGCGGAAAGAAGGCCUAUGAUUAUUUCCAGGCAAAGAAAAUCCCUAUUGUUUCCUCCAUGGCUGAUCCAUUAGAUGCCUCCCCAGAUUCCGAAGAAGAAACACUAGCAGAGUCCGAGUCCGAUGGGCCCGUGGCAAAAGAUCGGGCCCUCAGUACAGCCUCACAUGCCUCUUCCAACUCUGAAGAUACAGAGAUGUAAUGGCUUUGGCUGACAGCAGCUUCUGGGUAUUUAAUAGGAGUCCUUUCUCAAGGAAUGAGUUGCCACCCAUUCCUUUUAUGGCCUCUGUUAGAGAAGAACUCUUCUGGAAACCAUUCAUCAUGUGUGAUUGUCUUCGGUUGUCACUUGUCUUGGGGGAGCAGCUAUUACAGACUGCUUAUAGAGCUAAGGCAGAAGUCAGAUUCUUUUUAUGUGAAAUCUUCUAAACUUCAACUUAGCCACAUUUGCCUGUAUGAUGGUAUCUUUUACUUCUAUUGGCUCUUUGAGCACCAAAGAUGAUUAAUAAAUCUGUAUAUCUGAGAGUUAAAGUAUCUGAGAAGGUAAGCCUACAAAGGCCUUUGUAAUAAUGUGGUUACUAGAAUAAAUACCAUUAAAAAUGC